AUGGAUCCAAGGCGCUUAAUUUUAACUCUCUCUCUCUCUCGCUCUCUCUCUCUCUCAAACUCUUUCUCUCUCUCUCUCUCUCUCUCUACUCUCUCUCUUCUCUCUCUCUCUCUCUCUCUCUCUCUCUCUCUCUCUCUCUCUCUCUCUCUCUCUCUCUCUCUCUCUCUCUCUCUCUCUCUCUCUCUCUCUCUCUCUCUCUCUCUCUCUCUCUCUCUCUCUCUCUCUCUCAACUCUCUCUCUCUCUCUCUCUCUCUCUCUCUUCCCAUUGUCAACUGUUCCAUUCGGAUCUCUUCUUUGAUUGAAACCGACGCGCCCGCCCUUCGCACGGGACGCAUUCUCUUCGCUGCGCAGCGCCAUCAGCGCCUUAGCACCGUGCCCAUGGCAGGGCUUGGGUGUUGCUGGCCAGGCGGUUCGCUUGCGAUUGUGAUGAUUGUCCUGGUUGCAACCGCGGCCGCCCAAGAUUUUGUUCGCAUCGGCUGUGAAGGCAGCUUCACCCUGACCAAUGAUCAGACAUCAGCGCUGCUCCCUCAACUCCAACGUGGCAUUCGUGAUGCCUCAGGUGCCGCCGCGUCGCGCAUUCCUGUGCCCACCAUCCACAUUGGCGAACUUGCCUUGACCAUCUUCUUCGAAGACUCGCCCCUGUUGGAAUGCUCGCACUCAUGCAUCGACACGCCUCAGUUGGACGACGACACACGCUCGCGCAUCAAAUCUGCUGUCGAAGACGGCUUAGGCUGCAUCGGAACCAAUCUCCCCAGCAGUAUUGUCAACGGGGAGAGCCAUAAUGACAGCGAAAGCACGUUUGUCGUGCUCUUGAUUAACCACAAGUCCUACGCUGAAGUCGAUUCUGACGGCGGGUCCAAUGCCUGGGUGCCCGAAGUGAUACCAGAAGAGAUUUUGUCCUCCUUGGGCACCAAAGACACUUCCACCACAUAUGCCGUCAACGAAAUUGUCAACGCCUCACUCGUGCUGUACUUUGUCACCGCCUUUAUCGGGAUCGCCGUCGUACUCGGCUGGAGAUUCAAGUCAUAUUGGAUUCGCCUUCAUCAGCGUCGUCUCCGCAAGAAAACAACAGUCAACGAUGUCGAGUCACGAACCACUUUCCACAUGGCGAACCCCCUCCGCUCGGCUAGCUUUGCUGCUGCCUCCACACGGCCUGAGGCCGUCACCGCUUUGUAAAAUGAUAUGCUGAUGAUGCCACGCAUCAUUAGCAUUGUGCUGUAUCGAGGGGCUGUGUGCCUUGUGGAUUGGCCCAUGAGCCCCGCUUGUUGUUGUCUUUGCCUCUCAUGAAUAGUCAAAAUUGAUAGAACAACCAU